ACGGAGCCCGGCCGCCCGCCUCGCCCCCAUGAUGGGCUCCGUGCUGCCCGCCGAAGCCCUGGUGCUGAAGCCCGGGCUGAAGCCGCAGGGGCUCUCCCUGGCCGAGGUGAUCACGUCCGACAUCCUGCACAGCUUCCUCUACGGCCGCUGGAGGAACGUGCUGGGCGAGCAGCUCUUCGAGGAGAAGAGCAGCCCCAAGACCGCCUUCACGGCCGAAGUGCUGGCGCAGUCCUUCUCCGGAGAGGUGCAGAAGCUCUCCAGCCUGGUGCUGCCGUCGGAAGUGAUCAUCGCGCAGAGCUCCAUCCCCGGGGAAGGGCUCGGCAUCUUCUCCAAGACGUGGAUCAAGGCCGGCACGGAGAUGGGGCCGUUCACGGGCAGGGUGAUCUCGCCGGAGCACGUGGACCUGUGCAAGAACAACAACCUGAUGUGGGAGGUCUUCAACGAGGACGGCACGGUGCGGUACUUCAUCGAUGCCAGCCAGGAGGACCACCGCAGCUGGAUGACCUACAUCAAAUGUGCCCGCAAUGAGCAGGAGCAGAACCUGGAGGUGGUGCAGAUCGGGAACAGCAUCUUCUACAAAGCCAUUGAGAUGAUCCCUCCGGAUCAAGAGCUGCUGGUCUGGUACGGGAACUCACACAACACCUUCCUGGGCAUCCCAGGUGUCCCGGGGCUGGAAGAGGAGCAGAAGAAGAACAAACAUGAGGACUUCCACGCAGUGGAGACGGGGGCCAGCACCACGGGGCGCAUGCGCUGCGUCAUCUGCCACCGCGGCUUCAACUCCCGCAGCAACCUGCGCUCCCACAUGCGCAUCCACACCCUGGACAAGCCCUUCGUGUGCCGCUUCUGCAACCGCCGCUUCAGCCAGUCCUCCACCCUCCGCAACCACGUCCGCUUGCACACCGGCGAGCGGCCCUACAAGUGCCAGGUUUGCCAAAGUGCCUACUCCCAGCUUGCCGGGCUGCGGGCGCACCAGAAAAGUGCCCGUCAUCGGCCCCCCAACGCCUCUCUGCAGGCUCACUCGCCCGCCCUGCCCGUGCCCCAUCCUGCCUCCCUGGCCCAUCACAUCCCCACCAUGGUGCUGUGAGCCCUGGGGUGGCAGCAGCACGCUUCUGGAUGGCCGCUGCCCGCGGGCAAAGACUGGCGCUGAGACGUGUGAGGAACUGGGAGCCCGGGGCAGAGGCAGGGCUGCUCUGCGUGCUGAGUCUGCCUUGGGAGUAUCACCGUUUCCGUGGGGUUUGGUGGGAUGGAGCGUGGGGGGGCACGGCGGGAUGUCCCAUGUGGAUUUGCUGAUGCGUUCGGCGCUGGGGCUGCACCUGGAUGAGUCACGGUUGGGUUUUGCAGAUAAUUUGAUAGGAGGAAGAAUUGCUCUUGUUCCUUCUCCUCUGUGCCUGUGAGCGCCCAGCAGGGAGACGUGGCACAGCCCGGCUGGGGCCAUCAGCUUUGUCUAUGGCGGCUCCCUGAUUCCCCUCCCAGUCUGCAUUCCCGUCCCUGUAGCCCCAGCUGUGCCCUGCCGUUUGUCUGCAGGUGCCACGAUGGAGGGGGUGAGCUGAGUGCCACCGAGGGGUGGAACACCUCCCCUGUGUGGGAGGCUGAGGGAGGCUGUGGGACACCCGACGUCAGGCCGGACGGGGCUCUGAGCGCUGCUGGAGCUGUGGGUGUCCCCGUUCACUGCAGGGAGUUGGACCAGGCGGCCUUUAGGGGUCCCUUUCGACUCAAACGGUGCAGUGACAGCCGGGCAGCUUAUGGGGCACCCCGCGCUGCUCAGCACCGCUCUCUGAGGGAGCGCGGCUCUGAGGGAGCGCCCGGCGGCGGCUUCUGCUGCCCUCUGCGGACCGAACCGCCGCCCGGGGCAGCACGAGGCGCCCCCUGGAGUCCCGCCCAGCUCUGUACCAUAGCGCUUGGAAGGUGUUCUGCUAUUCGUUAUACGGUGUGUAAAGUUCUCACAAACUGUGUUUUAUUCCAGGAAAAAAAAAAAAAAGAAAAAAAAAAGAAAAGAAAAAAAAAAAACCCGUCACUUUAACUUUGUAAAUAUUUAUGUAAAACAUUAUUUACAAAACUUUGAUAUUAUAUAUUAUUGGAUUGUAUAUGCACACGGUGUAAAUACAUUUGUACCUCGCUCUUGUACUCGAAAUAAAACCGGCUCGGGACGUUUCGCGUUUAACG